AUGGGUCUGGCGGAUCUCUGCGUGGACGUGGUCCUAGAGUUCCUGCGCUAUCUCAGUCUGGAGGAAUUGUUGUCGCUGAGGAUGGUUUGCCGUUAUCUGAAUGAGGUUAUCGUGGUGAACCUUCUCUAUAUCACUACAGUGGACAAGCGCAUCAGCAAUCGUCUGUUGUCCCGGAUUCUACUUGAAUAUAUGAACCAGGAUACAGCACUCAAGUCCCAGGUUACUAAGAUCCGAGACUACAUGAGAACAUGUGCAAGUGAGCAUGAUCGCAAGAAAUGCACCAUGGGCCGUUGCUUGAGAGCCAUCAGCGUCGCCCUGACCACGUAUAACGGUCGAGAGUGGGUGCUCCAGAACUACAGGACCGCCGUGAUGUCUUGGAUAGAAUCCUGGGACAAAGACAACAACUGCAUUCCCUUCCUUCUGGCAGCUUGGAUGGGCUUACAGAGUAUUGUUAUAUCGGCCCUGGAUCAGGGCAUACAUGCCAAUACAAGCCAUCCUUUUCUCGGGGCCGCCUUGCACGCUGCAGCGUACAACAACGACACCGUCCUAGCCAAAGAGCUCAUCUUACGCGGCGUCAAUAGGAGAAAACGGGAUGGCGCCUUCGGAGACACAUUCCAGCUUGCAGCCUACAGAGGGUCUGAUCAGUUCAUCCACACGAUGUUGAUGGCUGAUCCGGGUUUGCGAGUCCAGAUUUCUCAGACUACGUCUACCUAUGGUCCAUUCGGAAGUGCGUUCAAUGCAGCAGCUGCAGCAGGACAUGAUCGAGUGGUGAGGAUGCUCUUGGCGCACAAGGCCAAGCCAAAUAUCCUUGCUCCUAUGCAGAGGACCGCAAUGUUCCUGGCUGCAAGAAGUGGUAGAGCAGAUGUAGUCGAGUUGUUGCUCCAAUCCGGGCUGAUUGAUCCCAGUGUCCCUGACUGUCAUGAUAUAUCGCCUUUGUUAGCUGCCAUCCAGGGAGGCCACGAGUCAGUCGUUCGUCUCCUUCUCCAGAUCAGCAAAGUCAAGCUGAAUGACACCGGACGCAAUGGCAACAUCCCCGCACCACUGAUGGUCGCUGCUAGCCAGGGCAAAGCCCGUAUUGUCCGAAUGCUCUUGAAGCGCCCUGAUAUCGACGUCAAUCGCUAUGCACAAGGGCUCCCUCCAAUCUUCGCAGCAGCAGACAACAACCACGCAGAUGUAGUGAGCUUACUGCAAUGCAGACGUGACAUUUCCCUUUUCACCCCGGACCAGUCUCAAUACCUCCUGAAUAUAGCAGUCUCCCACGGCCAGACAGACAUAGUCAGAACACUGCUAAACAACGGACAUCACAUCGAUCCACACAUCCUAGACAGCAACGGCCAAGCAUCCCUCCACAUAGCAGUCACCAAGAAUCGCAUAGACAUCCUAAACCUCCUCCUCACCUACCCCUUCACGGACCCCAAUCACACAGACACCCAAGGCCGCACGCCUCUCAUGCUCGCCGUCCUGCACAACAACCACCACAUCAUCCACCUACUCAUGCAAGACACCCGAACCCGCUACGACAUCACCGACAGCAGCAACACAACACUGCUAAUGCAGGCCAUCAUCAAGAACAACGACACCGUCUUCCAUACCGCCCUCAACCACAGCACCGACCACCACCUCAACACCCAAAACACCACCGGCGCAACAGCCCUCCACCUCGCCUGCAUCACCAACACCACUUUCGCCCUCGAAUCCCUCCUCUCCAUCACCACCAUAAACCCCAACCUGCAAAACACCCAAGGCCUCACCCCCCUCCACUGCGCCAUCCUCCACAAAUCCACCCAAGCCAUCAUCUGGCUCCUCGAAACCCCAACCAUCUCCCCCCAACUCCCAGAUCACAAGGGCACAACACCCUUAUGUCUUGCCAUCGUACAGAACAAGCUCAUCGCCGCAGACCUUCUCCUCUCCCAUCCCUUCGUGGACAUAAACCACCCAUCCCCAUCCCCGUCACCCGAGAACCAAUACACCCCCCUAAUCCUCACUACGAUAACCAACAACCUUCCCCUAAUGCACCACCUCCUCCACCACCCAGACAUAAACCCCAACCUCCCCGACGCCAACGGCGACACACCUCUCGCCCACGCCGCGAAGCACGGCCACAUAGCCAUAGCGAAAGCCCUCCUCGCACACCCAGCCACAAACCCGCACUUACGACCCCAGAUAGCUGGGGGGACAGUGGGUGCACCGCCGCUUGUCCACGCAGCGGAGAACAACCAUCUGGAGAUGGUGCGACUUCUUCUCUUAAGCGGGGUGUAUCCCGAUGUGCCGGACCGGUAUCUCCGCACGCCGUUGAUCGCUGCAGCGGAACGGGGCCAUACGGAGGUAGCGAGGGAGUUGUUCCGGCUUGGGGGUGGGGAUGUGGAUGUUGAGCAUAUGGAUGUGAGGAGGAUGACGGCGUUGAGGGUUGCGGCGAGGAAUGGACAUGAGGGGGUGGUGAGGUUGCUGGUGAUGGAGGUCGGGGUGAAGGUGGAUUUGGGGAGGAGGUCCGGGGUUAAGUUGGUGGAGGAGGUGAAGGGGUUGGGGUUUGGGGGGGUGGUGAGGUUGUUAGAGUCUGGCGGUGGGAGUGGGAAUGGAAAUGGACACGGGGGGAUGUACGGGUUCUUUUAA